CUGUUAACACACUGCGUGAUGAAGACUCCACUGUGGACGCUACUGUUGCUUGGACUGUGUAACCCAGCAUGGUGUGACUGCCAGAAGGAUUGCCUCUUCUGCAGCCAAAAACUGCCUAAUGAAUAUGCCUUCAACAAUUUGGUGUGUCUGGUGGAGUGUCAUGGUAAACUUUCUCCAGGCAACACCUGGGAGAUGUGUCGCAGGACCAUUGUGGAGCAGAAACCAAAAGCCUUGCUAUCAGUUGGCAAUGGCAUGCUGAAAAGAGCAGAGGAGGAAGCGGACAUCUCUCUGCCUGUGGACCAGGAUGAUGGCCAGUAUUCUGAAACCCUCCAGAGGUUCGACCACAUAACACGGGCCUUGGGAAUGGAUGAUCAGGACCAAGAUAUGCAGCUCAGUAAAAAAUACAAGUUCCUGCAAGUACAGUCAGCACAAGAAUCUGAGGAAGAGCAGGAUAGAGAUGGUGAGAUGGAAGGCGAUGAGGAAGAGGCUGCCGUCCACCUAAUCAAACGCUUUGGAGGCUUCCUCAAAAACAAGUAUGGCUACAGGAAGUUCAUGGAUCCUGGAAGGUCUUUGCAAAAAAGAUAUGGGGGUUUCAUAGGCGUCCGCAAAUCCGCCCGCAAGUGGAACAACCAGAAGCGUUUUAGCGAGUUCCUCAAGCAGUAUUUGGGCAUGAGUACUCGCUCUAGUGAGUUUAAUAGUAUGUCUGCUGAUGUCACCCAACAGAAUGAAUAAGUUUUGACCUUUGAAGUGAAUAAACUUACCAAGCAAACCAUUUGU